UUGUUCUUGCCGCGUGACCAUAACGAAGUAUAAAUUAGUCAAUGAAAUAUCUAAAUUUUAAUGAACUUCGGAUUUCAUGUCAUAAUCAAAAUAUUAUAAAAAUUUUGAAAGUAAUUUUUGUAAUAAAAAAUUUAUUCAUUUAAAUUAUAAAUGAAAAAAAUUGUUUUGAGUUUCAUAUAUUUGACAUUUUUGAGUAGUCCAUGUCUUUCCCAUGAGGUGUUUAGUGGUGCAAAACCAGAACAUUGAGUAUCUUGAUCUUUCUUAUUGUUUAAAUUUAUUAUAUAUUUACUGAAUAAGCACUUUUUAUUAAAUCAACAUGCCGAAAAAUAAAGGAAAAGGAGGUAAAAAUAGGAGAAGGGGAAAAAACGAAAAUGAAACUGAAAAAAGAGAAUUAGUUUUUAAAGAAGAUGGACAAGAAUAUGCACAAGUCACAAAAAUGCUUGGUAAUGGAAGGUUAGAAGCAAUGUGCUUUGAUGGUGUGAAAAGAUUGUGUCACAUUCGUGGAAAAUUACGGAAAAAAGUAUGGAUUAAUCAAGGAGAUAUAAUAUUAAUUGGUUUGCGAGAUUAUCAGGAUGCAAAAGCAGAUGUCAUAUUAAAAUAUACAUCAGAUGAAGCUCGUAAUUUGAAAACAUACGGUGAAUUCCCAGAAACUGUUCGCAUUAAUGAUACUGUCACCUUUGUGGAAGAUGGUUUUGAUGAAGAUAUUGAAUUUGGUGAUGAAAUUAGUGAUGAUGAUGAAGAUGAUGUUGACAAUAUCUGAUGAUCUUCAGUAUAAAUAUACUUUAAAGAUAUGGUACAAGAAUGCAUGAAGACAUCUAUUUGUUUUACAAGAUAUUAUCAUUUGUUGUGUAAUUAAGAUAUUGAAAUUUUUUGAAAUAAGUAGUCAAUUUUCUGUAUCUAUAAAUAAAUUUUCACUUGUCUGUGUAAUAUUGUGUUACAAUUUAAAAUUAGAUCCUGAAUUUUCAGGAUCUGUAAUUGUCAUUAGAUUUAUGGUAUUCACUAUAAAAAGCCUGUCUUUUAAUUUCAUAUGACUUCGAAAUUUCAUUUUGAAUGGAUAUUUGAUUAUAAUUGUUUUUUUUAAAUUAAUUUAAAUUUAAAGAUCUGUAUUAAAAUUCAAUAUAAGAAUAAUUACGUUAUCUAGCUAAAUUGAAUUAAAUAAUUAUGUAUUUAUGUAUAAUAUCAAUAUAUUUUUCUGAUAGCAAAUUUUUUUUAUAAUUUUUUCUUUAAUAAGUGACAAUUAAAUAUAUGUACUGUUAUUACAAUUUUGAACAGGGAAAAUAGUGAACACCAUAUAUCAUUGCAAUUCUAUAUGUGUCAAAGCAUUUCAUUGACUCCAUCUGUUAUAUAGAUACAUAACUUCUGAAGAAGAUUGUUUAUGUAAUUAUGUUUAAAAAUACUUGGAUGUAAUUUUAAGAUCGAAAUCAUUGUGAAUGAUAAAAGCAAUAUAUAACUAUUAAUAUUAAUACAAAAUUUUACUGAAAAAUAUUUGUUAAAAACAAAACAGUAAAUCUUAACAGUAACAGAUGAAUUGCUUUCUAAGAGUUAUAUUUAUUUUAAAAAAAUAUUAUUUGUUAUGUAUCAGAUUACUUAUAAAUAUUAUUAUUUCAUUCUUCUAUACUUUGUAUUAAAAAAAUUGUCAGAACAUUCAAAUCGUGUUAACUGCUGUAUAAAAUAUUAAUUCCACAAAUAUGUAAAUGAAAUUAAUGUCAACUGUUAACAACGAAUAAAAAUAUAUAAAAUAAUAAA